AUGAGUAACCGCCAUCUGCCGGCUGGGCAGAAUAUACAGGGAGGGUCUGGCGUCCUAGGUGCCGACAUGGUCGGUCCCGGAGGGCCUCGUCGGAGGCAGCCUCCUCCUCCCUUUGUUCCCCAGUCCCAGUACCAGCAGCAACAUCAGCAACAUCAUCACCAUCAAGCCGUAAACCACAUGUAUAACAACAACUACAUGAACUAUGGACAGCAGCAGUAUUAUGGAUACCCGCCGCAGUAUCAGACAGGUCACUACCACAACGCUCAGUACCACAACGCGCAGUAUCAAGGUGGACAAUACCAAGCUGCACAGUUCCAGAAUGGCCAGUAUCAAAACGCACAGUACCACAACGCCGGAAUGCCUUCACCCGGUGCUUAUAUGGGUUACCAGCAGCACUACGGACGAUCGCCGCCCGUUCACCAGUUUGUCCCCAUGUCUGGUGUGAGCGUACCCCCGAGCUUCCCAACCCGCCCAGCUCAGCAACAAUCUCCUGCUCUGCCGACUCCAUAUCAGCCUCCUGCUCCAGCCUCACUUCCACCCCAGACUCCUACUUCAACCCACUCGUCGCAGAUAAUUCCUACUCCAACUCCCCCGGUCACGCAGGAGACUGAGCCAGCACCCCCCGCUCCUCCUGUUGCCCCCGCUGAGCCCCCACGACAACCUUCACCUGUUCCUGCCCCUGCUCCUGCUACUGUUCCUAUUCAUGUUCAUGUUCAUGUCCCUGUUCCACAGGAGCCAUUCCGUGCACCUCUACCAUGGUACUCUCACCCGGACGAAAAGUUCCCUGUUCGAACUAAAAAGCCGGGACGAUGGAGGAGGCGUCUCAAUGCGGACAGUGCAAAUGUUUCCCUGCCGGCUAUUGAUCAACAUAACGUUGUUGCAGAGCAGGCCAGUGUUCCCGAAGCCAGCUCUACCGAACCUUCUGUCUCGGCCCUUACACCCGCGACAUCAACAGCUCCAUCCGAGGCUGCGGCAACUCCUCGCCAGUCCUCCGAGACUCCUGCUUCUGUCCAGCAACGAUCACGCGCCAACACCGCCACCAGCGCUACCUCAACUUCGACGAACCGUCCUGCCACACGCUCCUCCGCUACUCCCGCCCCUGCUCUUCCGUCGCUUCCCAAGGCGAACACUAAGGAUGCUAAGCCUGCACGUGCUGAAAAGCCGGUAAACGGCGACGUAGCUACCGAAAGUGCCCCUGAGCAGGAGGUCACCACUGAAGAUCCCGAGAAGCCUGCGGAGUCUGAAUCAACCGCUACUGAGCCAGCUCCUGCUGUCAAAGCUCCACCUUCUAGUUGGGCGAAGCUUUUCUCGAAGCCCGCUUCUGCAGCUGCUGGAAAGACUGAGGGGUCUAAUGGUGCCGUUCCCGUCGACACUGUUGCUAAUGGCCAUGCCACCGAAAGUCCCACUGGAACCCCUAAUGGAGCUGCCCCAAGCUUCUCGAAAGUUAACGCCAACUCCGUUGCGGAGGCUAUUCACACGUUCCAUGUUGGUCUCGCGGAUCAAGUUGCGUUCCUCGAGCCCCGCGGUCUGAUCAACACCGGGAACAUGUGUUACAUGAACUCUGUUUUGCAAGUUUUGAUGUUUUGUUUGCCAUUUUAUGAUUUCCUCAACCAGAUCAGCAAGCGUGCUGUUCAUAGCUUCAAGAGCGAUACUCCUCUUAUUGAUGCAAUGAUCAUGUUUAUGCAUGAGUUCAAGACCAUCAAGUCUGCUGCUGGUGUUGAACCUCUACGCUUGGCGCUGAAGAACGAGGAGCUUGAGCGUUACGGAGAGCCUUUCACUCCCGAAUUCGUCUACGAAGCCAUAAGGCAGCUUCCACGAUUCGCUAGCAUGAGGCGGGGUCACCAGCAAGAUGCCGAGGAAUUCCUUGGCUUCCUACUGCAGUCUCUUGAUGACGAGUGCACUACAGUCCUCAAGAACUUUACUCCCGACGAAGCGGAGCACCAACCCAGUGCUGGUUCUGAUGCUGGUGGUGCUGACGACUGGUUGGAAGUCGGCAGAAAGCAAAAGUCUGCUGUUUCUCGGUCCUCCGGAUCUAACUCAUCCAGCCCUAUUUCCAGAAUUUUUGGUGGUUUAUUGCGAUCUGAGUUCCGUGUCCCUGGCUUGAAGGACUCCAUCACUACUGAGCCUUAUCAGCCCCUUCAGCUAGACAUCGGAUCCUCUGAUGUGCGCAAUGUUGUUGAUGCGCUCCGAGGUCUUACUCGACCUGAGCGUCUUCAGGGAGAUUUCAACUCUCCUCGUGGCAAGGAGGUCACGGCUACCAAGCAGGUUUUCAUUGAGUCGCUUCCUCCCGUCCUCAUCCUACAUCUCAAGCGCUUCCAGUUCGACGCAGAGGGCAACGGAACUGUCAAGAUUUGGAAGAAGAUCGGUUAUCCGUUGGAGCUUGAGAUUCCCCGCGAAGCCUUGUCUCGGCAGAAACGUCAGACUUUGGGUGAAGAGGGAAUGCCCAAGUACAAGUUGAUUAGCGUGGUGUACCAUCAUGGUAAGAACGCUAGUGGCGGACAUUACACUGUCGAUGUGCGACGACAGGAAGGGCGCGAGUGGAUUCGUAUUGAUGAUACUGCCAUCCGCCGAGUUCGAAGUGAGGAUGUCGCUGAGGGCGGCGAAGAGGAGGAAGUAAAGGAUACUCGUAAGGAUGGCCCUUCAUCGGGCAACCGGUUCGGUACUGUUCUGGACGAAGACGCUGGAGAUGAUGACGGAUGGAGCAAGGUCACUAGCCCUGCUGGAGGAGCAAAGAAAUGGAGCAGCGUUGCCAACGGCACCAACGGCGCUCCCAAGGCCGCCAAACCGAUCAAGGAUAACAUCAAGGACAACAAGGUUGCCUACCUGCUCUUCUACCAACGAGUAUAA